AUGACGGGAAGCCUCAAGAAAGAAUGCGACAAGGCGGCGCAAAUCCUCAAGAGCUUUAUCGACAAAGGUAGAAUACCGACCCAGGUAAUCGCCAACGCCAAAGGCAUCGCCGUCUUCUCGGGCUUCCGCGCCGCCAUGUACCUCGCCGGGGCAAGCGGCUCGGGGGUGGUGGUGGCACGGCUCGCCGACGGAUCCUGGUCGGCGCCGUCUGCCUUCUCCGUGCGGUCGGGCGGCUUCGGGGUCGUGUACGGCGUGGACCUGUACGACUGCGUGUGCGUGCUCAACACGGCGGAGGCGGUCGAGGCGUACACGAAGAGCGAAAUGACGCUGGGCGCAGGUGCGUCCAUGGCCGCCGGCCCCAUCGGCGGCACGGCCGACCUCAGCACCAAGGACGUCAAGCCGAUCUGGACGUACACCAAGUCGCGGGGCCUGUAUGGUGGGUUGACGGUCGACGGCACCGUCAUCAAGGCUCGGCCGGGCGUCAAUGCCGAGGCCUACGGUUCGACUGCGACGGCGGCACAGAUCCUGACGGGCCAGGUAACGUGGCCGGUACAGACGCAUCUUCGCGAGGUCCUCAAGAUGGCCGAGGGGAAGAGUGCGGAUGCAAAGGUCCUCGGGGCGGUCAGUGCUGAGCCGACGCCGGGCGAUCUGAAAGAGUGA